UCAAAAGUAGGAAAGUAAUACCAUGAAAAUUUUCGCAGCAAAAUUUUGUUUCCUUAUUUUGUUCCUCAUUAUUUUCCCCUCCGUGUUAUGAACCAGAACCCCAAAGUUCAAAGCAGAGAACCCAUGCAUGAGAAUGCAGCUGUAUUAUCACGACAAACUAUUUGACGGCACGCACAAGGAUAAGACUAAUGCAACAUCUGCUGCAACCGCAAAUCCAACCAAGCUUGCGCCAGGCUCUCAAUUUGGUAUGCUUGUUGUCUUUAAUGACCCUAUUACAAGGGACGACAAGUAUCACUCUCCGCACAUCGCAAACGCUCAAGGCUUCUAUUUCUACGACAGGAAAGACACCUACUCAGCUUGGUUUGCAUUCACAUUGGUGUUCAACUCAAGUGAGCACAGGGGUACAUCGAAUAUUAUGGGUGCGGAUUUGAUGCCGGAGAAAACUAGGGAUCUUUCGGUGGUCGGAGGGACUGGAGACUUCUUCAUGGCUAGAGGGAUUGCCAGUCUUCAAACUGAUACUUUCCAGGGUCAAUAUUAUUUUCGCCUCAAGAUGGAUAUCAAGUUGUAUGAACGUUGUUAAUUACGUUAAGAUUGGAAAAAUAUUGCUUAGGAUUAAUGUGCCAGUACAAUGCCCUUCCUAUAAUAAUUGAUCACGUGAUCUUUACUUGAUGUAUGAUUGGUUGUGAGCAAGUUGUUGUAUGCACCAGCCUUUUUCUGUAAGAUAAUGUUAGGAAGACUAAAUUUG